CAAGAGACCUGCCUCCUGGACCAGGUGCUGGAGCUGAUUAUGAAUGAGAAGCCCCCCACCAGUGCCAGUCUUUUCCUAAACGAGGACGCGGAAAGACCCCCAAUUCCAGAGAGAGGAGACUUGAGGAGACGCCUCCACAGGGCCAUGGAGAGGAAAGCCAGCAGCUUGAAGGAGAGGAUGAGCUCUGUCAGUCGGGAAAGCGUCAAAGGUUUCCUCAAGAGGAACUUGUUUGUUCUUUUCACUGUUGCCGCCGUGGCUCUGGGUGUAAUCCUGGGCUUUGCUCUUCGCCCCCACAACCUGUCCCUGAGAGAGGUCAAGUACUUUGCCUUUCCAGGGGAGCUUCUGAUGAGAAUGCUGCAGAUGCUGGUGUUGCCUCUCAUCGUCUCCAGUCUGGUCACAGGCAUUUCCUCCCUGGACAGCAAAGCGUCAGGUAAGAUGGGUAUGCGUGCAGUGGUCUACUACAUGGUGACAACCCUGAUUGCCGUUUUCAUCGGCAUCGUUACCGUGAUAAUCAUCCGGCCGGGGAAAGGCAGCAGGGACAGUCCUGUAGCCAACAGUGGGAACAUAGAACCAGUUCAAGCUACUGACGCGUUCCUGGAUCUCAUCAGGAACAUGUUUCCUCCCAAUCUGGUCGAGGCUUGUUUCAAGCAGUAUAAAACUGUGUACAAGAGGACUGUGCACACAAGGAACGUGACAGUGACCCUGAACCUCACUGAUUCUCUCAACGUGACAGAGUCUGACCUGAGUGUGAACCUCAGCAGGGUGCUGCACACCAUACAGGAGACAUUGGAGGAGACUGUCCCUGUGUCCGGGUCCUCUAAUGGCGUGAACGCUCUGGGUUUGGUGGUUUUCUCCAUGUGCUUCGGUCUGGUCAUUGGCAGCAUGAAGCAGCAGGGCCAGGCCCUCAGGGACUUCUUUAACAGUCUCAAUGAAGCAAUCAUGAGGCUGGUGUCCAUCAUCAUCUGGUAUGCUCCAGUCGGCAUCCUGUUCCUGAUUGCAGGGAAGAUUGUGGAGAUGAAGAAUCUGGCGGAGGUGGGCGGUCAGCUGGGGAUGUACACCGUGUCGGUCAUUGUGGGUCUCCUAAUCCACGGCCUCUUUGUCCUGCCACUGCUCUACUUCCUGGUGACCAGGAAGAAUCCCUACAGCUUUAUCGGUGGUCUUCUGCAGGCGCUCAUCACUGCUCUGGGAACCUCAUCUAGCUCUGCUACCCUGCCCAUCACUUUCCGCUGUCUGGAGGAGAACAAUCGUGUGGAUAAACGAGUGACACGUUUCAUCCUCCCUGUGGGUGCAACCAUCAACAUGGAUGGCACCGCCCUCUACGAGGCUGUGGCAGCCAUCUUUAUUGCCCAAGUCAAUGACAUGGAUCUAAACUUUGGUCAGAUUCUGACCAUCAGUAUCACAGCAACUGCUGCCAGCAUCGGAGCAGCAGGCAUCCCUCAGGCUGGCCUGGUUACCAUGGUGAUCGUAUUGACAUCGGUGGGACUGCCCACGGAGGACAUAACACUGAUCAUCGCUGUGGAUUGGUUCUUGGACCGCUUACGGACCACCACCAACGUGCUGGGUGACUCCCUCGGGGCGGGAAUCGUGGAGCAUCUUUCCCGUGGAGAGCUGCAGAGUCAGGAUGCUGAGGUGCGCAACUCUGUCAUCGAGGAGAAUGAGAAGCCCUACCAGCUUAUCUGUCAGGAGAAUGAUUCACUCAACCACCGCAACAGCGAGACCACAAUGUGAAGACAAGAGCGACACCCUUCAGGGCUCCAUGUACCAGAAGCAUUUAGCUAGAAGGUUGUCUUGCAAUGGUGCAGGGACAGUCUUGGAAACAUGACAGGUAAUGGUGAGCUCAGCCAGUGCUCGGGGUUCGAAAAAUAAUUUUUGCAGUUGCAGUGCAAACUUCUCUUGUUUCAGCUUCUUGGUGACAGGAAACACGUACACAUGCUGUCAGGAAGAGAAAACACCACUGUUCAUAAAAAAAGUAAACCAGCUGAUUUUCCUCUGUGAAUAUUUCAAUCUGCAUACUUUCUGUUGCAUGACUUAACAUUAAUACAUUUCAUUAUUUUGUAAACACUUGUUCUUUGUCAUUCUCAUUACGACUACCUCUAAUAAGACGUAUAUAUGGAGAUUCUAUAAUGCUACACGCAGAAAUACUAAAUGGAGCAUAUCAGCAGGAUAUUAAUAUAUCUGUCUUAGACAUGUUUUAAUUAUUUGUAUGUUAUUUAAUUUUACUUGACAAUUUAAUUGUACAAUAUUGAAUAUAUGACUGUUAAACAUUGGAGAUGAUGUGAAGGAGAAUCUUUGCUUUACUUUCUAUUUUAAGUAACUUGUUAGAAUGUUUUUCACUCAGUGCUUUCUUAUAAAUAUUAUAUUGGUGUGUAUUUUCUGUAUUUCUUUGGUGCUAUUGCUUUUACAUGUUGGGUAAAGGACUGUACUGCUACACAGCAAAUUAAUGGGAAUAUCUGUAGUAUGAUGCCAGGUUAAGUAAAUAAGUUAUCCCUUUUCCUUUUUCUUCAGUGAAGGUUCUAGUUAGUUUUUGAUUUAUCUUACAUUGGAUCUUUAAAAAAAAAAAAAAUUACAGAUUUAUAAAGUACAAACAAAUGCAGUUUCAAGACCAUAAGAUGAUUUUAGUUGUUUCAACGACAUCAGUACAUCUUUGUACCCUCCUGUUUUUCUGCUAUAUAAUACUAACGUUUAAUUUUUUUAUAUCUUGACUG